AUGGCGGCGGCGCUUAAUGUUUAUGGCAACCCAGUUUCGAUUGCUACGAUGAGAGUUCUUGCCUGCGUGUACCAGAAAGGCCUCCAGUGCUAUAUUAACCUCCCAAUUAAUGCUCCAAUCGGUGAAGAAAAAAGUCUGUUUGGUGAAGUGCCAGCCCUUAAGGAUGGAUCUUCCAAGAUCUAUGGAUCACGGGCGAUUACGAGCUACCUUGCAUGCAAAUACGCUAAGCAAGGGACGAAAUUGAUACCCAGAGAUGGGGCAAAGAUGGCGGCCAUGUUUGAGUUAAUGGACAUGGAAGUUCGUAGGUUUGACCCACUGGUUUCGAAGAUAGCGUGCGAAACGAGGAUGAAGGCGGUUAUGGAGAUGGAGAGCGGAUGUUGCGAGUCGGAUGCGGUGGAGAAACACAAGAAACAGUUGGAGGGAGUACUGGAUUUAUACGAGGAUCGAAUUAAGACGCUGGGAUACUUUGUAGAAACGGAAGAAAACUGUCGUAGAAUGAUGACGUUGGCGGAUGUGAAUCAUAUGCCGCUUUUCCACUACCUAUGCAACACCCCGUCGCUUAAGGGAUUGGUCGAGGGGCGCCCCACCGUCAAGAAAUGGAGUGAGUUUAUCCUGGGAAGUGGAGCUUGGGGUAAGGUCACAGGUACUCAUGUCCAACCCAUCAACACUAGUACAAUUGCCGAUGAGUAA